AUGAAUCCACUGACGCUUGUAUUGCUUUCGCUUGCUGUGUUCCUGCAACUCUUGUCAAUCGCAAUUCCUUAUUGGAUAUCCAACUCUAUAUUUCAUUCUGGAUUGUGGAACAUCUGUAUAAAGGAUAAAUGUACCUCUCUAAAGAAUGAACAAGAUUUUUUCAAGGCAUUCCAGAGUUUGCAGGUUCUUGGUUUGGUUGCUGGAAUUUGCGGCAUUUUGACAAUUCUAAUCGGAAAUUUUACAAAACUCUUACGCCCAGAAGUGGCUAGAUUGUUAGCUGCAGUUCACUGCAUUGCAGCAGGUGCCAUUAUUUUGAUCGGCAUUAUGGAUUAUGGCGUAAAAGGUUUUUCAAUGUCUGCUUGUUUCAUAAUGUCUCUCCUCUCGUCUUUUGCCUGCGUCACCAAAACAAAAAAUCGCUUUUUCUUUCUUUUUCUUUCUCCUCUUUUUCUUUCUUUUUCUUUCUCCUCUUUUUCUUUCUUUUUCUUUCUCCUCUUUUUCUUUCUUUUUCUUUCUCCUCUUUUUCUUUCUUUUUCUUUCUCCUCUUUUUCUUUCUUUUUCUUUCUCCUCUUUUUCUUUCUUUUUCUUUCUCCUCUCAUCACUUGA